GCCGGCCAGGGGCAGGAGAGGCUCAGGCAGGCCUGGCUUGGAAGCCGGGGAGCUGAUUCCUCAGCAGAGGAAAGAGUUAAUGCGGCCGAAACCUAACACUCGCUCUUGCUUGAGAGCCCAGGGAAGGGAGCGAGGGAGGAGAGGAGAGAGAGAGUGGCUCGGGCGAGCUGCGCACCAGAGCCGGCGGUUUGAGGCGUCUCUGCCAACAACAAGCUAUUAAAGAAAUGGAACUGCAGGCUGGCUUUGCUAGCAGAGGUUACCCAGUGUGCAGAAGGGACUGACCAGCAAGCCGAGGAGCGCAGAGGGAUUCCUACAGUCAGCGGCGAUGCGCCUCUCCUCUAGGGUCACUAUGGAAACCACCCAAAUGCAGCUUCACUUGGCCUUCCUUGUGCUCCCUCUGUUCAUCUUUGGGGCUCCCACGGAUGAGUCUAGCCCUCAGGAAGUCACAACCACCCUGAGCAAUUGCAAGCGUUGCUGUGACUCACCAGAUGCCCCUGGCUCCUCAGAGACCAAUCUCAGGUCAAGCAGUCCUCACUCCUUGCCAUAUAUCAUGCCAGAAGUCCGUCCAUAUAUCAACAUCACCAUUCUGAAGGGAGAUAAAGGAGAUAAAGGAGAGCCUGGAAUUCCUGGGAAAUGGGGGAAAGAGGGACCCCAGGGUGAACGGGGUGCCCAGGGCCCAAAGGGCAGCAAAGGACAGAUGGGUGCCCCAGGUGACCCUUGCAAGCACCAGUACGCAGCUUUCUCAGUGGGCCGCAAGAAGGCCCUCCACAGCAGCGAGGGCUACCAGGCCUUGAUCUUUGACACGGUCUUUGUGAAUCUGUAUAGCCACUUUGACAUGUUUAAGGGCAAGUUCUACUGCUACGUGGCUGGCCUGUACUUUUUCAGUCUCAACGUCCACACCUGGAAUUUCAAGGAGACCUACAUGCAUGUCAUGAGGAACGACCAGGAGGAAGUCAUCCUCUAUGCCCAGCCCAGCGACCGCAGCAUCAUGCAGAGCCAGAGCCUGAUGCUGGAGCUGCGGGAGAACGACGAAGUCUGGGUGCGCCUCUACAAGCGGGAACGUGACAACGCCAUCUACAGCGAUGACGUGGACAUCUACAUCACCUUCAGCGGCUACCUGAUUAAACCCAGCCUUGAAUAACUGCUUUCCUCCCAAGCACCUCUUCUACCUUCCGUGCACUUCUCUUCACUGCCUGUAACUGCUGCAAACCACACAGAGGAAGACUGGAAGGAUCUGAAGAGAGGGGCUUGAGGAAACAUUUUUAUUACAGAAUGCAGGCUGGAGAAAAGAGUGAAAGCUGUCCUCUUGAAUCAGAAAGCUGCCGUGUUGUUAAAAAGAAAAUACGUUUGGGGAGAUUUAAUUGUAAAUCUGCUUGCUGCCUCUGAGACCGAGAGCUGGGAUUCUAAGUAAUAAAUGGAGAAGAGGGUCAAGGACAACUAUUGCUCUUAUAAUGCACCCUCAUUCAGAUGUCUGUAUACAGGUACAUCUUUUUGUGUGAAUGACUGAAAAGUGAACCUGGGUACAGGCCCCCUGAAAUGCAGGAUGCAGAUAGAUAGUGUCCUGCUGUACUUGUGUUCAGCCUAACAUGUCAAUAGCUGUACCUACAUACCGAUCUGUACGCUGGCUGAUGUGCUGAGCAGUGUUCCUUUUGCCUUGUAACAAGAUGUUGGCACAGUUGUGCAAGAUGCAAGCAUUGCACAAAUGCAGUUGCGUGACGGAUGGCUAUGAUUUCCAGCAGCCUUCCAUCACCCAACUGUGCUCAGUUCUUACAUCUUGCACAAUUGCACCAACAUUCCAUUACUGUGCCAACCUUCUGUUAUAAGGCAGACCGAGCGUUGCACAAUUUGUCAGCCACUGUACACAGACUGCAUAAGUGUUGAAUAUAAUGUGUGAAUAGGGCUUAUGACUCACAACAAAUGCCUAGACAAGACAGUUCCUAAGGAAUAUUUAGUCGAGUAAAGGAACUGAAUACUCCUUUGAUGAAAUUUAAAUGUGUUGGGAAUACCAGUCCUAGCAGCUGUUCUGCCUCGGAACAGAGCUGGGCUUCCCAGAUUUCUUGAAACCUUUGCACCUACAAUCUCAGGCUUUGCCCUCACUAGAGUGUUGAUCUCUGGGCUUGCUCAUGGUGCUUCCUAGACAAUAUGUUCUAAGCACUCUUGUUUACACAAGGGAAACCAUUAUGUUUUUCUCUGUUGAUCUGAGCUGUCUCGAGCUUAAUUGUCACAUAGAUUCCAUGCUAAAUGCUGCCCUAAGAGCCAUGUCUUGUAUUCUGCUAAAUGAAGUUUAUGGAGCCACUGGUGGGUUGCUGUGCAUGGCUAAUGGAUUGCAGUCAGCUUGGUGAGCCACAAGUUGUGCAGCCCUAUUGUAUACAGUUCUACACAUCAUAGUUAAGUUAGACCACCCUGUGUGCAGGAACAGGGACCCCUUCCAUUAACUAAAUCCAAUUUUAAAGGGUGUUUGCCUUCAUUAGCACCAUCCAGCCCUCCUCCUUAGAUUGUAAAAUUGAUAGUAUUUCAUAGGGGAAGGAAGAUUGCUUUCUGUUUUCAUAUUAAUCCCUAGGAUGCAAAAUCCCUAGGGCUGCAACUCGCAUCAUAUGAACAGGGGUCUUACUUGAAGCCCUUUGAAUGCUCAAAGUGCUGUAUAAAUGCUAAGAAUUGGUACAUUUCCAGGCACAAUGUUAAAAGCAGCUUUCAUGCCCGAGUGGUGAAUCCAUGCAUACACAUUCCCUGCCCAGUAGACACGCUACCUCUCCCACUCUUAUGUGGCUGAGUAUCUUAAGCCAAUAUACCAAAAAACAUAGCCCCUUUCCACAGUAGAGGGGUCUCUCAGGGUAUCCAGGUAAAGUUUGGAAGCAUACAGGACAUGUGCUUUUGUCUUGACUGAGCAAAUAGCCCUGCAGGGCAGGGUUAUCGGGAACCAAGUCCUUUAGGAGCAUCCUGCCUCUUUGUGUAGGGUAAUCUGGGGCUAACUGAACAAGAGACUCCUCUCUGCAAGACACAGAUUGGGAAACCAGCUGUUGUAUAUUUAUAAUGUGUGGCGUCCCUGUGUCUCUCUAGGGAACAACAAGAAUUUCUAGCACUGAAUAACUUCCAGGCCUGAAUUCUGAAUUCCUCAAGCUUUUGCCUCUUUUUCCAUUUCAGCUCUCAAAUGCUCCUAGUGACAAGCUGCUGUCUAGCAUUUAGAAUUUAAAACGGCACCAGGAAGUUGAGUGUGUGUUUACUGGGUCAAUAGCUUGCUUUUUGGUGCUAAACUAGGAUUUCCAUUCUAGGUGCUAAAGAAACCAUUUUGGUGCUAAUAAUUGGUGCUUACUAGGAAAUACGUUGGGGUAAUGUGGACACAAUGAACUGUGGAAUUUAUGGUGCUUUACAGAAAGAUCAAACCAGCCAUUGAGAACUCUUGUGUAUAGAUAUAUAGAUAUAUAUAUUCUAAAUAUUAAAACUUCCUUAUUGCA